UUUCAUGCAUAUAUUGGUUGUGUGAUUGUGAAGUAGACGCCAUUCCUGAAUCGGAGGAGUAACCGGUUGAAUAAUGGGGAAAUCGCCGAUGGCAUAUCACGGACAUGAGAGAAGCAGGCACCAUAACUAUUCUCGGAACAGUCAGUCUCGAAAUCGGAGACCGGAAAAUCAAGGAUUCGCGCCAGCGAACUACAUUUAUACACCAGAUCGUUUCCUAAGACAGCUGCCAUCGUAUCGCAGGGGUAGUCAACAGAGAGGCCCAGGAACAAGCCAGCAAUAUUUGACGGGUAGGUCAUUCCACAACCGACCUUACUCGACAGCCUGUGUUCGCUCUCCAUUGAUACAGAAAAGACUACCACCACAGAGAAAACGCACAAGAAGAGACAUGCACCCACCAGGGGACUCUGAAGCAGCUACAAAAAGCCGUGAACAAUCAACAGAUGCCAUUAAAAAUGAAAAUGAGCCCAGCUCUGAAGGUCAGCAUACGGAGGAAGAUCAUUCUUCAAAUGCAGUUCAGGCCUCAGUUCCACAAACAAGGUCGAGCACCAAAGCCCAACAGAAUAAAUCUGAUGAAAACAUAGGUGCAAAUAAAGGUGAAGCUGAGGAUGGGAAGGGAAUGAGUCAGUCCUCAACUCCACAAACACGAUCUUCUGCCAAAGUCAGAAGUAAGUCAGAAGAGAUGAUAGUCCCAGACAAGAGUGAAAAUGAGGAUGGUGAUAAUAAAAUAAUCCGUACUACCAGAGGAAAUAGUAAAGUAAGAAAUGAUGAUAAAAGCAGUAGUACAGAAGCAGCCCAUCUCACUGAAGAAAGAGUUACUGGCCAUAACACCCGAUCAGCUACAAAAGUGAAGCCCGAUGUUAGUGAUGAACCUGAACAGCAAGAAGGAGGAGGUAACAUAUCAAAGACAAGAAAGGUGAAGAAAGAUACAAAAGCUACAGUGCCAGACACGGAAGGUGACACAGAAAGCAUGCAUCAGCAGGAAACUGAGGUUCUUUCUUCGGUUGAUACAGUAAAGAAAACACAUACCCAGGAUCAUUUGGAAGAUUCUUGCCAGGUAAGUGAGGAUUCGACCUCAGAGGCUGCUCUAGAAACAGAUCAACAGGCAAAAGAAACUGUGAAGUCUGAAGAGUUAGUGACAAGAAAUGAUAAAGAGGCUUCAACAGUAUUGCAAAAUGUGAAGCAUAUUGUAGGUAAUAAAUCACCCAGAUUAAUAUUGUCACAAAUUGAUAAGCAUAUAGAACCAAGCCCUGAAAAAGGAUCAAAUACAUUUGCAGCAUCCAGUGACAUUAGUGAAAUUAAGGAUUCUCCAAGGCGUAGUUCAAGACGAGGUACAAGCAGAGUGAAAAUUGAUAAGGAAGAGAUCCAGCUGCCGUGCAGAACACCACACGGAGAUCAUUCAAGAACCCCAAUUCAUAUUCAGCAACCAGCAGAGCAAAGGGAGACAGUUGACAGCUUUGCAGCUUCAAUAAGGUCAAUUUCAUGCCGUCGAUCAAUUCGGGACUCUCCCUAUGUUUCAAAAAUAAAUGAUUCUUUCCAGAAACAGAGAAUUACUAAGCAGCAGGUAACAGUUAAGAAAACUACUAAAGAAUAUUUAUCAGAUAGUAAACUUGAUGUAUCUACUGAGAAAAGUAUUGAUGUGACCAUCGAAUCAGAUGAAUCAUCUGUCUCGAGAGAUAAAAUAGGAAAAAGGAAGGCCUCUACUUUAGAAGCUGCAGAAAAAGACCAAGAUCAUAAAAAGAAAUGUACUGUAAAAUCUGAGCAAAGCUCCUCAGUUAUUUCUGCUGUUUCAUCUCCAUUGCAGUUGUCAACUCAAAAGCCAGAACCUGUGAGUAGCAGUACACCACUGAAGGUGGUGGAAUGUUGUGAAACUGUGCAUAUGGAGCUCUCUGAAGAGAGUAUCACUGAUGAGAGUGUGGCAUAUGAAAAAGCACAAGAUAAUAUUUCUGAGCAAUCUCUGUCAUUCGAGAAGGGGGCACCUGUCCCAGAACCCGUUUGUGAGCCUGUGUCUCGUAAGUGGUGUUCUAUUAUGUGAAUCAUGGUGUAAAAGUUAUCAAGCAACUGUAGGGAACUUUGAUUGCCCUUGAUUUCUAUGUGAUGCCCCUUGGCCUGUAGGGUUCAAACAUAAGUUGAAAAGACUGUAGUGCAUGACGGAAAACAAUUUCUAUGUAGACUAUAGUCAUCCUUAUUGUAGGAAUGAAACAAAUGGCCAAAGCUUGUAAUGUUGAGUAGUUUUUGUAGGAAGAAAACUCCAAGUAUAUAAGACUAAUAUUGUAGAAAACCUUUACAACUUUUUAUUGUCUUUAUCUGUAUUCAUGUUUUUAAAAGAAAGACAUUGGCAAAUGUAAAAAUCUUUUGUACAUGGCUCUUUUUGGAGAAUUCAACAAAAACAGUAUUAUUGGUACAAGUUAUUGGUUUUCAUAGUGGUCUUCCAAUACUUGUAAUAAGAGGCAGAUUGCACUAUGUCAGUACGAAUUUUUGUAAACUGUUAGGUGUUUCUCACAUUUUAAGCAAUUUAAUGCUGACAAAAAAUAGUACAACUAUCCAGGGAACAAUAUCUUCCUUUCUUCUUCUUCUUCUAGUAUUAGUACUUCACAGGCUUGUUGAUGGAAAUGUGCAGUUCUUGUUCCAGGACUCGUUUCUCUUAGGCAAUAGGUAUAUCUAAUCACACGAUCGUUCUUGAAUCACUACUCCCAAGCUACAUUUAAUCAAUGGUUGUUUCCUGAGUGAAUUUUCUAGUGCAAAGUUUUGGUUUUGACUGAAUUGUGUGGUAUACUACAUUUUUUUAAAUUAAUUGAUAUGCAUGUGUUGCUUGUCACUGGUGGUAUUUCAACAACGGUCUUCAUUUAAAGUGUUUCGUACUUAAAUGUCGAGCCUUGUUUGUAAUUGCUAACAGUCGCUGAAACACUUCAAGAAUAAAUUUGCUAUGUUGCUGUCGUAGAAUACUCCAACUCUGAUUGGAUCAGUUGUAUCUGUUGCUGCCUCAUAUCCUUGUACACUAUGGUCAGUGUGUUCACAAAGUCAUUUGGUUUAGUAGUAUGCUAAUUUAAUAUCACUUUUUAAACAUUCUUUGCUUUCAAUAUGCUGUCAAUUCUAAAUACAUCUAGUUUUCAUGUCUAGCUUUUGUUGUUUUCAUGAAGAACUCAAUGUUGCAGUAAAUUCGUGCAUACACAGAAAUGUGACUAUUUAGUUGAUAGAACAUAAUUCUGCAGUGAUUUCUUUAACUUAAGUUUUUGUGUCCAGUAAUUGUUAUAACCAUGACUCAGAUGUCUCUCAACCAUUCAUGAGGAGAGGCAUUGCCCCCUUGCACUCUCAAAUUAUGUGACAUGAUGAUGCUGCUCCAUUUAUUGAAAUACUCUGUAUGCUCAUUCUAGAGAUAGUGUGUUCAUGGUAAAUAUCAGACAGUACAAAAUUUCAUCAAGUGGUGUUCAUUCUUAAUGUAUAUUGCUUUUGUGUGUUUAUAUAUGCUCACAAUUUCAUAUGAACACAUGAUCAUUGUCAUAUGUUGAUUUUAAGAUAUGAUAUUGAAUUUUAUUAUCUGUUGAAGUUAUUUUUGACUGCCAUUAAAAUCUGUAAUUCAUAAAGUGUUUAA